UAUUUACAAACAGAAAAAGAGUAAAUCCCCUCUUUAACCAAACAUGUUUCUACAGUAAUUAACAAAGAACCAAAAAGACAAUGAGAAUGAGUGUAGAAAUGUACAUAUGAAUAUAAAAGCUGAGCUUAAAUCUUGAAUCAAUAACAGUUGUUUAACAAACUCACAGCUAUAGAGAAUUUAUAACAAAAACAACACAUUAGAAUCAUUUUAAAAUUAUACAAAAGCGACAAUGAAUUUUAAUAAAGUAUUUGUCUUUCUGGCUUUAAUUUUGGCCACUAUUUUGGAUCAAAGUCAAGGUGGUUGGCUGAAAGAUUUUGGCAAGAGAAUUGAACGUGUGGGUCAACAUACUCGUGAUGCCUCCAUACAAGCUAUUGGUGUUGCCCAACAGGCGGCAAAUGUUGCAGCAACUUUAAAGGGUUGAUUAACUUCGUUUAAGUUGUUUAAAUUUUAGUUAAUUAUUUAAUAAUGAUAAUUAAUAUUA